AUGACACGGCUCGUCGACCAAGACCGGUCAGUGCCCAUGAGAGAUUUAAGAGUGUGCUGCGUCGGGCUACCGAAAACCGGAAACGCCAGCCUUCUGGACGCUCUGACCAAACUAGGCUAUCGCGUAUACCAUGGAUUCGAUGCAGAGCACAGCGGACGAAGAGAUAUGGAUCUAUUGAACGAGGCACUGGAGAUCAAGGCGAAAGGAGGAGCCGAUGCGAGACCGUACCGCAGGAAAGAGUUCGAUAAGAUCUGGGGCGAAUACAAUGCCAUCAUCGGUCUCCCGGGCUUCGCAUUCGUCGAUGAGCUGAUCGAAGCAUAUCCGAAUGCGCUCUUCAUCCUCACCGAACGAAACGUCGACGACUGGCACCGCGAUAUGCAGGAGGAUGUUUUUGCGGAAGUCGACUCGUGGUCACUGUUCUGCGAGUCCCUGUACGAUUCUUGGCAUGCACGACCAUUCCAGCGUCUGCUCAACACGUGGUGCCAGAUGUUCUGCCAGGGAAAGUUCGGAAACGGGGCGAAAGAGGCGUAUAUGGACCAUGUGAUGCAUUGUAAGAAGGCAGUGCCGCCGGAGAGACUCCUCACGCUGAGGCUAGAGGACCAGGAGGGCUGGCAGCCACUGUGCAAAUUCCUGAAGAAGAGGAUCCCGAACGAGCCUUAUCCUGACGGUGAUGGCGAGCACGAGGGGAGGAGGAAUUGA